AUGGAAUCGAAAGGCCCAAAGAAGCCCCAUCGGUGUAAGAAACAUAAAAUGAAGAGCCAGGAGAGAUUCAUCAAGAAGUUUCCUUUCAGGUUGUCUUGGUUGACAGAGCCCAGCCCAGCUAACCUACAGUCUUGGAAGGCCAAGAGCAACUCACUGAAGGACCAGCUGCCCUUACAGAAGAAGCUGGUGCCCACACGGUCCAUUCCUCCCCCAGGGGCUGGAGCUCCAGAAUUUACAUCACCAUUCAGCUUCUCCUCGCAGCCUCCACAUCCUCCAAUAUGUAACCUCUGGGAACUUAAAUUACUGAGCCUCCGUUUUCCUAGACAAGACCUUGGCAAGGUGCCUCCUCCAAAGGCCGAUGCUAACCAGCCCUACACUAGUGGGACUUCGGAGCCAUCUGAGAGCAUUCCCUAG